ACCAGCGAGACCAGAAACGAGACUUGUUCCUGGUUAGCCAAUCAGGAACAAAUCUCGUUUCUGUUCUCGCGUUAAUUCCUGGGAGCCACAUUCAAACGGUGGCGGUGACAAACAGACGAUCUGUGAAAAGAUGGGAGCAGAGGAAGAGAUCGAGCGGCUGAGGAGCCAGCUGAGAGAGAAAGAGGAGCAGGUCCAUCAGGCCGCUCAAGCUGGCCUCCAUCUCCUCAACCAGCAGAUGGAGCUGCAGAACACACUGGACGAGCAGAGAGUGGAGAUGACCAACGCACUCGAGGCCCUCGAGCAAGACAAGUACUCCCUGCAGAAAGAAGUGGAGUUAAAGAUCAGGAUGCUGGAGUCUCUGCAGUCAGAGUGUGACUGUGUGAAGAACCAGCAGAGACAGCAGCUUCAGGAGCAACAAGAACACCUGGAGAGGACCCACAGCACAGCACUCAGUGAGCUCAACAACAAGAUGCUCAGGCUGCAGUCGUCUCUGGAGGAAUCACAGCUGAGUGAGAAACAGCUAAAACACAAACUGGAGGUGCAGACUGAGACUCUGAAUAACAAGAUGGAGGAACUCCGAGCUCUGAACGAACACACGCAGAGCUCCAUGACAUCUGAGAUGAUGGAGGUGCAGAUGAAGAUCAUGGAGCUGGAAUCUGUGAAGGUGGAGUUGGAGCAGACGCUGCAGGAGAGUCAGUACAGAGAGCAGCAGCUGGAGCUGACCAGCAGCAAUCUGAAAAGACACCUGGAGCAAAUCACGGAGGAAAAGGAGGAAAGAGAGAAAGAGGCUGUUUCCUGGUUUAAUGCUUUAGAGAAAUCCCGUGAGACAAACCGGGACCUCCAGAUCCAGUUGGACCAGAUUCAUCAGCAGGCCCAGGAUCCCAACAGCAAAGGGAACUCCCUGUUUGCUGAGCUGGAGGAUAAGCGAGCUGACAUGGAGAGAAAGCUGCUCAGCGUGAAGGUCCAGUAUCAGUCUCUCCAGAAACAAUACGCCUUCAGCAAGCAGCAGCUGCAGCGCAUGAAGGUCCAGGUUGCCACUCUAAUGCAGCUGCAGGGCUCCAGAGCUGAUCCGGCUCAGCUGGAGAGGCUUCAGAUGAUGCUGUCGGAGAAAAAUGGAGAGAUCCAAAAUCUGAUGACUAAACUGCAGAGACUGGAGAAGGUGGAGAUAAUGUUCAAGUCUCAGCCAGCUAAUCCAGCUCCAGGAGAAAGCCACAACGUCCAGGAUGAGACGUACUACACGGACCUGCUCAAGAUGAAGCUCAACAACUCGGUUAAAGAUUCUGAGCGUCUUGGAGAUGAACUGUCCUUGCAGAGGAUGAAAUCUUUGUCAGAGAGUCAGCGAGCUCUCCAGCUGGAGAGGAAACUCUUCUCAUCUGAACGGCUGCUCAAACAGGCUCAGGCCGACAAAAUCAAACUGCAGUUACGAGUGGAGGAGCUGCAAGACAAAUACGAACCAAAAGAUUCAAAGAAGAUCCUGAAGAGAAAGAAGGAGAAGCUCCCCGUCGACAUAACGCCCUCCUCAGAAGAAACCACACUUGUUAAGGUGGAGCAGGUUGUUUCUGUGGAGCUGGGUGACACACACACUAAGACUGCAGACCCUGGACCAGACACUUCUGCUCCAGCUGAGACACUGAGCUCCGAACAAGCCGUGAAAACUGAAGUCUCAGGAGCUGAGCUGCGGCCUGCAAAGUGUGUGAAGAUCAGCGGAGAAGAGCCUGUUAUGAUUCCAAACUCCAGCUGUCCUAUGACUGAAUGUAAAGAGAGGGAGACUGAGGGGAACUGGCAGCAGCACAAGAGGGAGGAGAGAAGAAGGAAACCAAAAACAGUGGAGGUGAUCCACGUGGCCUCUCACACUAGCAUGGAGAACGAGUGUGCUCAGCAGUAGGACUCGCCUGAGAAUGAGCCUGUCACACACAUGGAUGUACAGUAACAGUGAAUAUAUGCGUUUGUAUGCUGCUAUAACCUUUUAUGUUCUUUGAAAGUGUCUUUUGUAAUCAAAUAAAUAAACUUUUAACAAUAA